AUGGCCAAUAACUUGGACCGGGAUUGGGACGGGUCGCCAGUGAACUACACGUGUUAUAAUCCUCAGUUACCUUUACCAGUAUUGCCUCACAUCAAGAGCAUCGAGACAUGCGAUCCCAUUCCCGAUGGAUAUUAUCCUCAACACCAUUGUAUUGCUGAACAAAUUGUGUACAACGAGACGCUCACCACUUAUGGAGACCACAGACCUCUUUGGCCAGUGUUUGGCGAAUAUAAAUUUGUUCCCAAACAGCGAUGGCUCCAUAAUAUCGAGCACGGGGCAAUUGUGAUGCUAUACCAUCCCUGUGCUAAUAAAGUAAUGGUCUCAAGACUACGAGCGCUGGUCACCAGUUGUAUCCGAAAGCAUAUCAUAACGCCGUAUAAUCUGAUGGAUAGGGAGAGACCGUUGGCACUGAUAGCGUGGGGCUGUCGACUGACCAUGAGUUCAGUCAAUAUAAACGAUGUCAUUUCGUUCAUUAAAAGAAAAUCAAUGAAAGGACCGGAGGGUACGUAUGAAAAGGAGGGCCAAUACACACAUAUGUUGGUGAAAAAGGCAGACAUUGCCGACGGCUCUGACUUCAAAGACAGCAAAAUAUGCCCAAAUCUGUAGCCCUAUUGUGUAUUAUAUAACAAAUAUCUCUGAGAUUAUUGUGAUUUUAUUUAUAUAACAAAUAUUAAUAUAAAAGCUUUGUUUUGUUGAAACAAACUUUUUAACGGCCA